CCAAAGCGUCAGCGGCAGCUUGUUUGGACAAGUUCCAAUGCGGUUUAGAAAUUUUAGAAUUGAUACAAGUAUUUGGUUCAUUGUUCUUCUACAAAGAGAAACUUAUGCGGAAUAAAGUGGGCGCUUCUAAACCAGCACUCGCUCCCAGAAGGGCACAAAAAGGAGGAGGGGGACAAACCCGAGCUGUCUAUACAGAAACCUCAAGAUCAUCAGGGCCUUUAAACUCUCGCCCCCCGACUCACCGAUUGGGGGUAGUGAGUCACGAGAGGGGCCCCUCAUCCACAUUUCACAAAAACACCUAUUGGAACAAACCACAAGAGAAGAGGAGACGACAUUAGAAUUGCCAAAAGAAACAUCCAUUAUCGGAAAACCUUAUCCUGGUGGCGGCCAGAUUGUCAGGCAAGCUUUUCAACGAAAAGGGAAAGCUGUAGACACCAUGAUGAACUCCUUGAGUGACAAUACGAUUUCUCAAUACAACUGUAGCCUAAGACUUUGGUGGGAAUUUUGUCAACUGAGGGACAUAUCCCCUUUUAAAUACGACGUACCCAAUAUCAUUUCAUUCCUACAGCAGGUUAUGAACACAUCAAAUAAUACUUAUAGUUCCUUCAAUUCCCAUAGGGCGGCUCUUUCCCUUAUCACUUCUAGCUAUUAAGGACAAAUACAGAGGUAAAACGAUUUAUGAAAGGAAUUUUUCGAACUAGACCGCCUAUGCCUAGAUAUAAUUUUACGUGGAAUCCUCAAGAUGUACUUAAGUUUUUAAAUAAACCGCCCGAUAAAGAUCUAAGAUCCGUAUCCUGUAAAUUAGUUACUCUCUUAGUGUUAGCUACCGGACAGAGAAUCCAGACUGUUGCUCUUAUUAGAUGUCCAAAUAUUAAAUUUUCUACCUCAGGGGCAGACAUCCAAAUCCCCGAUUUUGUGAAAACUUCAGGGCCUAAAAUACUUCAACCUAAGUUGUCAUUGCCAUAUUUUCAUGAAUGUCCUAACCUGUGUGUUGCUUCUUGCCUACAUCAGUACCUUGAACUAACUAAACCACUUCGCCCUGCCGAUUGUGAUAAGCUAUUUCUCACCUUCAAUAAACCACAUGGCCCAGCUACUAAGCAAACCUUGAGUCGCUGGGUAAAAAAUACAAUGGCAAAGGCAGGAAUCGACACAAAUAUGUUCAAACCCUCAAGGCACGCUUCCACUUCAUGUGCGCCAAGACAAGGGGUGCAUAUAGAUGCAAUACGUAGAUCAGCUGGUUGGAGCCAGGACUCUCAAACCUUUGCAAGGUUUUACAAUAGACCUCUAGUAGAGAAAUAUAAUAUAAGAUAAAUUAUUUAACAUCUGUCUUGAAUCUAUUAUCAUCAGAAACAUAGAGGAUAUACUUACGGUUAUUUGAAUUUGUUUAUCGUUUGUAUCAACUUUUUCGUUUUUCUUAAAAUAAAAGUUUCUUCCACCUGUC